AAAACAGUAAAUUUACCACGUAACAAGUGAAUUUCACAUCCUGAAUGGUUCCACGUUGGUUAUGUUGACGGCUGACGACCGCAGUGUCGACUUCCACGUAGCAAUAAGGACAGUCUAACCAAACAUCGUAUCAGUCGAUGUAAUGGUUGUGUUCCGAACAGUACAUAAAAACGGAAAAUAUUGACAUUUAGUUAAAUUAUAACUUAUAAUUAUAAUUAUUCAUCAAAAUGAAGAGUUUAAGCAUUUGUAUGUUUUUGAUGCUAUCGUCUUUUGUUUUAAUUAUUAAUAAUGGAGCCAACGUAGCAUAUGCUCAAGAAGAUGAGAUUGUUGAUGAUAUGAUCGAUGUAGACACUGAGGAAACAAAUGUUUCGGCUGAAGAUGAUGUUGAAGAAGAAUCUCAAACUGCUUCCGCAGAUGCCGAAACAACAAUAUUAUUUACGAAACCAGUAGUCGCUAAUCCAUCAUCAACACUUGAACUUCCUGGAGGACAUUUAGUUGAAUUCCUCGUAGGCUUCACAAAUAAUGGAAAGUCUGAUUUUAUUCUUGAAACGUUGGAUACUUCCUUGCGAUAUCCGAUGGACUUUAAAUAUCACAUUCAAAACUUCACUAAUCUUGCAGUUAAUAAAGUAGUAAAGCCAAACCAUGAAGCUACUUUAGCUUAUUCUUUUAUUCCAUCAGAAAGUUUCGCUGGUCGUCCUUUCGGAUUACAAAUUAAUCUGAACUACAGAGAUGUGAAUGGUGCUUAUUUCAAUGGAGCUGUGUACAAUGAAACCAUUCAAAUUGUUGAAUUAGAUGAAGGUUUAGAUGGUGAAACAAUAUUCCUUUAUAUCUUCCUUGCAGCUUGUGUUAUCUUAACACUUGUUGGUGGUCAACAAUUAUUAUCUUCAUUUGGUAGAAAAUCAAGAUCUCAAGUGUCUAGAAAACAGCCAAUUGAAAUGGGAACUACCAAUCCUAACAAUGUUGAUUAUGACUGGCUACCAAAAGAAACACUUCAUAGACUCAACAAAUCACCUCGUGUACCAAAACAAAGUCCAAAACAACGAAAAGUGAAAAGAUCAGCUGGCUCAGAUGAUUGAAAUUAAUUUUCAUAGUUACUAUUUAUAAAUAGUUAAUAAAAAUUGAUAAGUGAUAAGUUUAGAAUGAUAAGAAUGAUCAUCAUGUUUGUAUGCUAAUAAAUUUUUUUU